AUGAAUAGAAACGCCUUACCGUCGUCCAAGAAGACGCACUCGGAGAAACAUAAAGCCAUCUUGAAGUCACUCCUCAAGGAAGGUUCGAAUAAGACUUGCGCUGAUUGCAAGACCGCGGUGCAUCCCAGAUGGGCAUCAUGGAGUUUGGGAUGCUUUGUUUGCAUAAGAUGCUCAGGAAUCCACAGAAGUAUGGGUACACAUAUCUCCAAAGUCAAGUCUGUGGACUUGGACGCGUGGACUGAUGAACAGGUUGAGAAUAUGCUUAGAUGGGGAAACGACAAAUGUAAUUUGUACUGGGAAGCAAAAUUGCCUGACGGGUAUAUACCAGAUGGACUGAAGAUUGAAAAUUUCAUUAGAACCAAGUAUGACAUGAAGAAGUGGGUGGCUUCGUCUCAGAUCCCUAACCCUAGUACUUUAUCCGUUGGCCAGACGCAGACCAGAGCUUCUGCUCCUGCUCCAGGUGCUUCUGCCGCUCCAACUCCAAGAUCAUCACAAGGACCAGCCGUUACUAAUAGUAAGUCAAGCACAUCAGUGCCAAUAAAACAAAAACCAUCCACUAACCUCCUUGAUGACGAUUUCGGUUCAUUUACCUCGUCUGUUUCAAGCUCCCCCAAGCCUGCGAGCACUCCAACCAUUGGGAAGCUACCAAGCAAUGACUCAUUUAAACAGCCUGGAAGUGGUGGUGCACAAUCGGCGCAAUCCACCGGUGGCAGUCUCAAUAAUAAUAAUAACAAUAAUACCAGCAAUGGAAGACCUGAUUUGAAGAAAUCGAUAUUGUCAUUGUACUCGUCCCCAUCUUCAUCUUCUUCCAGUAUUAUCCAACCUCAGCAACAAAGACAACACCAACAGCAACAACCAUCUUACUUGUCUCAGUCUUCGGUCAAUUCAAUUAGUAACUCACUCAACGGAUUGAACUUUACUUCGAACGCAAAACCUAGUCCAGUGAUCCAACACCAACAGCAGCAUCAACAGCAGCAAACUCAGAAACCUGUUGUCCAAAACUCCUGGAACAACGAAUGGUCUGAGACAAGGGACAGUUCCUCAGCUGGAAACUGGACUUCAGCUCCCACAACGCAACCAAUGACAAAUUCAACCUACGGCGGCUCAAAUACAACCCUAGACGACGACUUAUUCAAGAAUGUGUGGGGUUAG